CGACCGAUCUUCUCUCCCUAUUGGUUCGUUGUGCAUAACUUAAAACCCUACCGGGGCGGGGCGUCUUCACUCCGACAAACAAAUUUUUUAAAAGAUCUCUCCUCACAGCACGCGCGUCCAAAGUAGCUAGAAAUGUCAGCUGACUCCACGCCGCCGGUGGAGAGGCUCUCCCUAAGCGACUCCGUUCAAGAAGCCGAUUUCUCUCAACGGGUACUUAUCUGUUCUAUUGUCGGCCGUUCGGACGGCGGAGCUGGAUUGGCUGGGAAUGUCGUGAGGAUAGGGGGAUGGGUUAAAAAGGGAAGAUUACAGGGCAAGGGAACCAUUGCUUUCCUGGAUGUGAAUGAUGGAUCGUGCCAUGCGUCUCUCCAGGUCGUGGUAGAAGCAGCCGUAUACAAGCUCCGUGAUGUACUUGCUACCGGCACAUCCGUUCACGUUGAAGGCGUGCUGAAGUUGCCCCCCUCAACCUCGACAGAGAAGAUCGAGCUUGGAGUUCAGAAGGUUAUCUCCGUUGGCACAGUUGAUGCUGCUAAAUAUCCUUUGCCAAAGACUAAACUCUCACUUGAGUUUGUACGAGAUUUUGUACAUCUUCGCUCCCGGACAGAUAUUAUAUCUGCACUUGCUAGGAUCCGCAAUGCCUUGGCAUUUGCUACUCAUACGUUCUUCCAGAAGCAUGGAUUUCUAUAUGUUCAUACCCCAAUCAUCACCACUAGUGAUUGUGAGGGUGCUGGUGAGAUGUUUCAAGUCACAACAUUGAUCAGCGACGCUGAAAAAUUGGAAAGGGACCUCAAAGACAACCCCCCUCCUUCUGAAUCUGAUAUCAAAGCUGCUGAGAAACUUGUCCAGGACAAGGGAGAAACAGUUUCUCAUCUAAAAUCUCAGAGGGCAACUUUGGGAAAAGACGGGGAUGGUGUGGCAGAGAUUUCCAAACAUAUCAGUGAUGUGGUUGGUGAGCUUAAAAGGGCUAAGGAGAAUCUCGCAAAGUUGGAAGAAAGAUUCAAUUUGGGAGAAAGAUGUAAGCAUUCUGCUGGUUUUCCUAAAAGGGAUGGAAAAAUUGAUUACAGUGUGGAUUUCUUUGCUCGUCAAGCCUUUUUGACUGUCUCUGGGCAGUUGCAAGUUGAAACCUAUGCCUGUGCACUUUCUAGUGUUUACACUUUUGGUCCAACUUUCCGAGCUGAGCAUUCCCACACAUCAAGACAUCUUUCAGAAUUCUGGAUGGUGGAGCCUGAGAUAGCCUUUGCUGACAUCAAGGAUGAUAUGAAAUGUGCAGAGGCAUAUGUGAGGUUUAUGUGUCAGUGGUUACUUGACAAUUGCAUGGAUGACAUGGAAUAUAUUGCAAAUUAUAAAGACAAUGGUGCUAUUGAUAGACUUAGGUUGGUUGCUUCAUCUGAUUUUAUUCGGAUAACUUAUACAGAAGCCAUUGCCAUUCUUGAGGAAGCAGCCAAAGUCAAUUUGUUUGAGAACAAAGUAGAAUGGGGGAUUGACUUGGCAUCUGAACAUGAAAGGUAUUUGACUGAAGAACAUUUUAAAGCACCUGUAAUUGUGUACAACUAUCCGAAAGGGAUAAAAGCAUUUUACAUGAAGGUCAAUAAAGACAAUAAGACAGUUGCUGCCAUGGAUCUUCUUGUGCCAAAGGUAGGAGAGCUUAUCGGUGGAAGCCAAAGAGAAGAGGAUUAUGAGGUGCUCAGGUCAAGGAUAGUGGAGAUGGGAUUGCCCGUAGAGCCAUACGAGUGGUAUCUUGACCUAAGGCGGUAUGGCACAGUGAAACACAGUGGGUUCGGAUUGGGCUUUGAACGAAUGAUUCUCUUUGCAACCGGGAUUGAAAACAUCCGAGAUGUCAUUCCCUUCCCCAGAUACCCUGGAAGAGCUGAUCUUUGAUUGUUUUAAAUAAUAUCUAUAUUAAUAUUAAUUUAUUACACACCCCCAAUCCUCCAUUGAUGAAUUAUAACACUUUUCUUAUUGUCGGGUACAUGUUUUUUUACUGAUGAAUGUUUUACCCGUGCUUUGAGGAUAAUUAUGAUAUAAGAAGAUUAUAUUUUUCAUACACAAUU